AUGGGGUGUUUCCGCCAUCAUAUGCGCCACAUGUACCGGGGAAAGCAAGGCCAGCUUGGCUGGUUGCGUACCAUGCUGUACAGCAGCGCCCAGAUGGUCAUACGGGCCGACCCCGUGAUAUCCCACCGCGUUCCGCCACAUCGACUGCAACCUUGGGGCGUGAUGGACGAGGCGGGCAACCCCGUGCCGGGGAAGGGAUACAACAUGGUCCAGGGCAUGGUGGUCCUCGAUGACGAGGACCACAAAAACUGCACCAAGACGCUGCUGGGUUUCAGCCAGUCGAACGGAGAGAAGCUGCCCGCCGUUAGACUCACUCCCAAGAGCGAUGACGGCCCUCUCGAAUACGACUCUGAGUGGCCGACGACCCCUAACAGCUGCCUCCCACGGUGUUGA